AUGUCCUCCUGGGACGUCAACUCCUUUCGCUUCCCCUUAGACGGCCUCCCUCCCUCCAUUCAAAGACGGCAAGCUGCCGCCUCCGCGUCGGCAGGAUCAAUUAGUCCAGGGUCCGAGGCGGCAUCUGGCCAGCCGGUGGACGAGCAGAAGAUACGAGACUUCGUGCGCCGGCGCGGGCGGUUGAAUACAGGCGGGGGAGUGGGGGCGUUCUUGUGGAACCGUCCCGCGGAUCCCCUGUUACCAGGUAACACCACCGUUCCGCCCUUCUUCCUCGGUCGCGGGGCGUACGAGCGCUGGCUCGUGCACAUGGCGUCCGGCGCGGGGGCAAAUGAGGGGGAAGCGGACGGGGCGCUGGCGGGGACUGGCGCGGAGAACGCGGGUAGUGGCGGUAGCGGGGGAGCGGGGCGGAAAGGGCGGAACCAGGGGGCGAACGAGAUUCGGAUCAGCAGCAGAAUACGGCAGGUGGUGGAUGCGAGCGACUCGGUGACGGCGGUGCGGGUGUUCUCGGCGCUGGACGUGCAGAAGGAGGUCGAGAUGGUGCGCGAACGCGCCAUGGAAGAGUUCCCCCUGCCUAAGAAGCCGCGCGUGCAGCGCGCGUGGUGGCAGCGCCGGGGGCCCGCGGGGGACGGCGCAGGCGCGGAGGAGCGGGAGAAGUUGGAGGAGGAGGAGGGGGACGAGGCGGAGGAGGAGCGGCUGCGGUGGCACCCGCUGCCGCGGAAGAGCGUGAAGGGGUGGGAGGUGUAUGCGAACAUGCACAUGGCGCGAUUCCUCUCCCCCGCGCCCUUCUCGGAACUGCUCGGCACGCCCGGCCACGCUCCUUGGCGCCUCUCGCCGUGCUUCGACCCGCAAGGCGAGUCCAUGUGUCUGCUGCGCCGGCGCCGCCCAGGCAACUGCACAUGCGAGCACGCACCACUGGCGCGCCACACAUCAGAGGACAUUCGCCUGCACGACGGCACCUGGUGGUUCUGCGGCCGCCUGCAAGCCCUGCCGCCCGCCUCCUUCGCUCUCAACAUCCACCCCGCUCCCUCCCACUCCGCCAUCCCCACCACCACCGCAUCCCUCCUCACCACUGCCUCCUCUGCUACCUCUUCCCCCAUCACCACCACCUCUUCUUCCUCCUCCUCCUCCUCCUCCUCUGCAUCUUCCCGCGCGGUCUCCACAUCUCCCGCGCCACUCACCUCCUCCGCCUCUGCCUCCGCGCAGCCCUCCGCGUCCGCCCUGCGGCAGCGCAUAGCGGCGCUGCUGCAGCUGCCGUCGUCGUCGUCCCCUCUGGACGCCAUGGCGGAGAGCGCGCUGGCGGGGGCGGCCUUCUGGCGCGGCGUGGAGGGCAUGCCGCACACGCUGGAGCAGCUGCUGCCGCGCGUGGCGGACCGGCACCAGACCGUGGUGCUGCUGGCCGCUGGCAGCAAGGACAGCACCGCCACGCUCAACUUCAUCUGCAUGCUGCGGCGGUUAGAAAUAACCAACUUCAUGCUGGCAGCGCUGGACGCGGAUAUGUACUCCUUGGCCUUCCUGCACGGCCUCCCUGUCUUCCUCCACUCCACCUCCUCCCCUCGCUCGCCACCCUCCUCCUCCUCCCUCGCCUCCUCCAAGCCCUGCCUCUCCUCCUCCUCGUCCUCCUCUCCAUCCUGUCAAGAGGCAGCAGCAGCAGCGGAGGAGGUGGAGGGAGCGGGGGCGGUGGCGUCGGCGGUGGUGGCGAUAACGGUGCAUGUGCUGCGUCUGGGCUACUCAGUGCUGUGGUCCGACGUGCAUGCCGUGUGGUUCGCCAACCCUCUGCCGCACCUGCUCUCGCUCGGCCCUAACGUGCUCGCCGUGCAGAGUGCAGAGACGAGUCGCAAGCGGGCAGCCAAUGGAGCGCGCAGCAUAGGCGGGGGGCUCAUGUUUGCGCACGCGGACCGCCCCACACUGGAAGCCCUAGAGGCAGUGGCGGCGUAUGCAGCAGCGGUGCGCGCAGAGGCGCAGGCGGACAGUGCAGCGGGCACGGAGGGCGGUGGCGAGAGCAGUGCGAGGGGGCGUGCGGACGGGGUGGAGGUGGAGGAGCAUCGAUCCGCUUAUGACGUGCUGUGUGGGGAGCGCGGCGAACUCAAGGUGGGGAGGGAGGAGUGCAGGUGGGGCAAGCACCUGAGAGUGCUGUUCUUGGACCGACAGCACUUUCCCAACGGGGCCGUCUACUCCAUCUGGCGCUCGCGCAACGCUGCUGCGUCGUGCCACCGCCUGCGCUGCAUGACGCUGCACAACGGGGUCAUUGUCGGGCGGGAAGCCAAGGCGGAGCGCAUGAGACGGCACGGGGACCAUUGA